AUGCAGGACUUGCUCCUCGCUGCGGGGCUGAGCCCCGAUGUGCUGGAUGUGGAUGUUCAGGCCAUGAACACCAUCGAGAACGCCAUCUACGCAGUGCCGCUGCUGCGAGACCGAAGCAUCAAAACCGCGAUUUUAGUCACCAGCGACUUUCACAGCGCAAGGGCGGCCUUUCUAUUCCAAAGCGUGUUCAGAGCGCAUGGACUCAACGUUUCCUUGCUGACGGAUCCUGCUCCCAGUGGCCUUGAGUCUGGACCGCCAAG